UUUGUAAAUUCGGCUUGCCCUUGAAUAAUAUUAUCAUAUCGUAAUCAGUAUCGUUUAGCAGUUUAACGGUGACUCUAAAGCAAGCAGUACAUACAUUAAUAAGUUAGUGAGAUGGCUACAAUUGCAUUAAAUAAUUCAACUAAGGCCAUAAAAUUGGCCAGCUGCACUAAGAAACUAGCAGUCAGAUGUUUUACUACUCAGCUCACAGAAAAGCAAUUGGACAUCCAGAAGACAGUUAGAAACUUUACUAAUGAGCAACUUAAACCUUAUGCAGCUAAACUGGACAGAGAGGGAAGAUAUCCUUACAAAGAGAUAAAGAAACUGGCCGAUGUUGGAUUUAUGGGGGCAUGUGUCGAUCCAGAAUAUGGAGGUUUGGGAUACGACUAUCUCUCUUUGGCACUCGUUGUUGAAGAACUAUCGCGAGGGUGUGCCAGCACGGGUAUGCUUCUCUCCAUACACAACUUCCUCUACGCUAACCUGGUGAACGAGAAGGGUACACAGGAACAGAAGGAAAUGUUCUUAAGGAAUUUUACCCAGGGAUGUAUUGGGUGCUUCGCGUUAAGUGAGCCUGAUGCCGGUAGUGACGCGGCAAAUAUCGGUACAACAGCAACAAAAGACGGUGACCAUUGGAUUAUUAAUGGCAAGAAGAGCUGGGUGACAUCAGCUAUAGAAGGCUCAGCCACUGUUGUGUUUGCAACUUUUGACCCAGCGCUGAGACAUAAAGGCAUUGUUUGUUUUCUAGUUCCACUGGACUGUGAGGGUGUUUUUCGUGGUAAGAAAGAAGAGAUAAUGGGAGUAAGCACUACCCACAGGGCGGCAACAGCUUGCACCGUAACCCUGGAGGAUGUCCGUGUGCCUAACAGCUUCGUGGUGGGUCAACCAGGAGAAGGCUUUAAGAUCGCAAUGGGACAGCUUGACCAAGCUAGGAUUGGCAUUGCUGCGCAUGCUGUAGGCAUAUCUCAGGCUGCUUUAGAUACUGCAAUAAGCUAUGCUAAAGAGAGAGUUGCAUUUGGAAAAAGUUUAUCAAGACUACCCUCAGUUCAAGACCGACUAACAGAAAUGUCAGUUAUGAUUGAGACGUCGCGCCUUCUUACGUACCGAGCGGCAACUCAGGUUACGACAAAAAAUAGCGCGAUGGCAAAGUAUGUGGCUGGACGAAAUGCGGCCGCGGUGGCUGAUCACUGCGUACAAAUAAUGGGAGGGAAUGGAUUGUCCACUAAAUAUAACGCUGAGAGACAUUAUAGAGACGCAAGGGGAACUCAAAUCUACGGCGGCGUUACGGACAUCCAGAAACGUUUAGUCGGACAUUUCCUACUCAAAGAGAAUGACGCUUUGUGAUACAAACAUAUAAAAAAGUAUAAAUAUUACAAUAUAUAAAUAAUUUUUUUAACUUAACGUCGCAAAUUUGUCAAUAAAAAACACAAUCAUAUGUGCAUUUAAAUUCAAAGUCGUUUAAUUCUUUAUUAAAAUGUGUGUUACAUAACAGAAUAUACAGAGUAACAUCGCAACGUAAUUAUAUAAGUUAAAUAUAGAAAAGUAUGUUUUCAUGCUUAUAUAUAAUAUUUGUUUAAUAGUUUUAAGGCUGAAAAGCAUUUGUAAUAGGUGCAAGUGUACAUAUAUGGCAUUCCAUAUAUCCAAGUCCUAUAGUUAGUCACAGAUUAUUACAGUGUCAAGUAUAUACGUCAAUAUCAGUUUUGACAGCACACAGAUUAUAUCUGGUUACAGAACGAUAUUUGUUUUUGGUUUCGUUUAUUCCAAGUACAAUUUUUUAUCAAGCGUCUGAAUGCGAAAACUCAGUCCACCAUUUAAUUGGGUUUAUUAUGCUCAUAGAAUUGUAGUAUCAAGUUAUUGGAAAAAUUCACCCCCAAUCGCACAAACAGCUCUCAUCUCAAUGAAAUAAAAAUCUAUAUAAAAUCAUAAUUGUGAAAUAUAAUCAAAUUGUUAUAUAAUAAUUAAAAGUGGAAAGUAAGUACAUUUUACAAGUUAAUUUUAAGUACAAUCAGUAUAAAGUUUGAUUGAGCGCCUAAAGAAAAAUUGGCAUAUCGACGCUUAUUAAAUGUUUGUCUUAUAUGUUUAGUGAAAACUUUAAAUACCAGAUAGAAACGUGUUCUUUGCGCAAAGUCGAAGUUUUAUAACAUAGUUUUAAAAAAAUGUGCUUAAUUUUAUUAAACUGAGCAAGUGUAUUUUCUAUAGUCUAUGCUGUAUAGUGUUACGAAUUGUUAAGGUAAUUAUAUGGUCAAACUAAUUUAAUGUAUACAGGGCUUAAUUUUAAAAUAUAAUGUACCAAUUUUGCUCCUUCGAUUUUAAAUAUACUCGAAAUUGUUAU